ACAACUUUUAACAUCCAGGAUGGACCUGACUUUCAAGACCGAGUUGUCAAUAGUGAGACACCAGUGGUUGUGGAUUUCCACGCACAGUGGUGUGGCCCCUGCAAGAUCCUGGGCCCGAGGUUAGAGAAGAUGGUGGUCAAGCAGCAAGGAAAGGUAGUAAUGGCCAAGGUGGACAUCGACGACCACACAGACCUCGCCAUAGAGUACGAGGUGUCGGCUGUGCCCACGAUUCUGGCCAUGAAGAAUGGGGACAUGGUAGACAAGUUUGUGGGCAUCAAGGAUGAGGACCAGCUGGAGGCCUUCCUGAAGAAGUCGAUUGACUGACGAGCAGGGAAGAGUCCUGAGUGCCCUUGCCUGGGAGGGGCCCUGGUAGAACUCAGCCCCCCACGCCUUCCCAUUCCUGGCUGACCCCUGUGGGCCCAGGCUUUGGAGAUCAGGCCUCCAAGCACA